AAAGGUGUGGGAGGUGUUGAGGCGUUCAUGACCGUCGGACCGCACGGCCUCAAGAUCACGACGCAUUUCUGAAGUAGCAGAAGCCACAGCAGACGUGGUUUGCGCGUUUAAUCAAUAUAAUUGCUAUCUCGCGUAAAGUCCACGAAGUACGCUUUUUGUCCUCACUGAGAAGACAGCCCGCUUUAUGCAGAACGCCAAAUUCAGAAAACAGGUUUCACAAAUCGUGUCCGGAAAUUCUUCGCUCAUGACGCACACUGACGCAACAACUUCCGAAUUCCCAGGACUACUGGAUGUUUAUCAUCAAACUCAAUGCUUCGAUCGACUUCCUGCACCGAUGGCUCUCUCUGAUACAGAAAUGCGUCGUGCUAUUCAUCAAAUCUCAGAGUCUCUCGUCAGUCAUGAACGCUUGAAGGUUUUCUACUUGUGUGAGGCGUUGGACAUGGAUAAUACAGUAGCCCGUUUGAAGAACACGCUUGAAUCCAAAGUAAUGAGUUAUCACGCAGGAAGUCUUUUUUUGGCUGAGCUCAUGCUGCAUUUGAGAAGGUAUGACAUCCUUAGGCGGGUUUUUGGGUCCAGCAGGGAUGAGGUGGAGAGAGCUUUGAGAUCCAGGCAGGUUCUGCCCAGAUUCAGAGUACUGAUGGCUGAUAUCAGUGAGGACAUGGCCAGCGAAGAUGUGAACAGUGUGAAAUUUCUGCUGGGUAACAUGCUACCACGUCACAAAAUGGAAACUGCCACGAACUUCCUGGACCUGAUUAUAGAACUAGAGCGCCUCGAUAAGGUUUCCCCGCAAAGAGUGGACUUUUUGGAGGAAUGUUUCAUGCAUGUUGGCAGGGUUGACCUGGCCAAAAAACUGAAGGUGUACAACAUGUCAGUAAAUUUACCCGUACCUGAAGUAGGUGUGCAUCAUGCUUGCCAGAGUCCAGCAAAUCAGUACACAUUUACGAGUGAGCCCAGAGGAGUGUGUCUCAUCAUAGACUGCGUGGGAAAUGAUGGAGAGAUGCUGGCGCGCAUGUUUCAAUCGCUCCACUUCAACGUGACACUGUACAAAUGGCUUGGCCUGGUCGAGACCGUUUCAAAGCUCAGAGGGGUCUUCCGAGGAAGUCAGGAUCACCAAGGCGAUGGCUUUGUUUGCUGCAUCAUCAGCCGCGGUACCGGCACUCAGCUCCUGGCCACGGACACGUGCAGCGAAGGGCUCCGUCUCAAAGAUGUCUGCCGUCUUUUCACCGGCGAUGCGUGUUCAGGACUGGUUGGCAAACCAAAGCUGUUCUUCAUCCAGAGCUAUAGUUUACCAGCGGUCCAAUCCUGUGUCAGAGAGAACAACUUGGAUCAGAACCUGGAGACGGAUGCUGGUGGUGGACAGUUGACGCCCGACUGUAUCCCAUCAGAUGCUGAUGUGCUCUGGAGUCACUGCUGGACUGCAGAACAUCAACUACAGCAAGCUCAACACCGCUCCAUUUACCUCAAGGCUUUGACCGAUACCUUCGGAAAGAGCCGGGAAAGGAGGAGACAUGUGCUCGAUCUCCACAAGGAGGUCAAUAGAGCAAUCUUUGAGCACAACCGGAGUCAUCCUGAUGAGAAAUAUCACCUAGACCUGAAAACCACUUUAAGAAAAGAUCUUUACCUGUAGACAUCCAACUACUCCCUCAUUUCAUCGUCAUCAGAUAUAUCGUGGGACUGCUGGAGAGCAAGCGCUGCCACUUAGUUGGCACGGAGGUUUUUUGUGACACUAAAUUACGAAUUUCGGGUUCUGUAGUCAUUCUUUUUCAUUUCUGCUACCCAUAAGACAAAGAAAAAGCCAAACUCACUUGGAGUUAAUAGGUGAUGCUCACUGAGGUGAAGUCUCAGAAGAAGUUUGACGUUUGUCCCAAAUUUUGUUUGUCAUGGCGCGUUCCAUUACGGUAGCCAAAUGGUGACACACCUGCUGGUAAAAUCAAAAGUGGGUUGUGUUAUUUGUUUAUUUUGUAUUUGAUGCUCUAGUUUUAUAUUUCCUUUGUAUGUUUUAUGGCAUGCGCACUUCAAUCAAUCUAACAACGUAAACACAUUAUUUUGUAUCACAGACACCUAUAGAAUAUCUAGAUAGGUCUCUGUUACAUCUUGUAUUUAUUCUGUGUGCCACUUAACUUGCCACGUGCACUGCGCAGCUAAAAUCAUAUUUAAAGGGUUUCGUACUUUUCAUGUUUUACUGUAUGUGACACUAUUUUGUAAUUGUAUGUUUGCCCGCUGUAUGUUUUAAUAACACGUGAUACGCCUUAUAUACAUUCAGAAUAUUGUUUGUGAUAUUAUGUGCUUAUACUGACUAUGAACAGAAUGAACGUUCUUAUUUGAACUGAACUGGAAGUUAGAACACACUUAGAGCUGUGUGUAUUGAUUUAAGAUUUCAAACAUUCAAUUACAUUCAAGGCUCACUGAUUGAUUUGGGAUUCAGUUUAGGAUUUCACGCAAUAACAUUUACUUUCAUAUGGAAGUCAUUCUCAAAAGAAGCAAUGCUGCAAAUAGGAGAAACAUAUUGCUCUAACUUGCUGACUUAAUAAAAAGAUGAAUAUUUACAUUAAGAA